GUUCCGUAAAAUGUAAAAAUGGAAAGUCAGCCAAGAGAAAACUGUUCAAGAAGUAAAAUUUCGAACGGAGAUAUGCUGAUCAGAAGAAGUCUUCAGAGGUUGUCUGUUGUAUUCCAUCAUGUUAAAAUGACAACUGCAUACAACUUCAGUACAUCUACACCAGAUGAUGUUAUAGCCGAGAUGAUUGACACUAAAGGAGUCAUCACUCUAAACAGACCCAAAGUUCUUAAUUCGCUGAACCUCUCAAUGAUCAGAAAAAUAUUUCCAAAAUUAACAGAAUGGGAGAAUGACCCACAUACAACCAUGGUGAUUAUCAAAGGAUCUGGUGAUAAAGCUUUUUGUGCUGGAGGGGACAUUAGAGCUGUCACAGAGGCUGGGAAAGUUGGAGACAGAUUGGCCCAAGAUUUUUUCCGAGAAGAAUAUAUACUGAAUAACAAAAUAGGCACAUAUGAGAUUCCAUAUAUAGCAUUGAUUGAUGGUAUAACAAUGGGAGGGGGUGUAGGAUUAUCUGUACAUGGAAUGUUCAGGGUGGCCACAGAAAAGACUGUAUUUGCGAUGCCAGAAACAGCAAUAGGAUUGUUUCCUGAUGUCGGUGGAGGUUAUUUCUUACCACGACUGGGUGGAAAGCUAGGAGUUUAUCUUGCUCUUAGUGGAUUCAGAUUAAAGGGCAGAGAUGUCCUCAAGGCUGGAGUUGCCACCCAUUUUGUACAGUCUAGUAAAAUACCAGAACUAGAGAGUGCCUUAUUAGGAUUAGAUAAUGCACGUGCACAUGAUAUAGGUGAAGUCCUAGAGAAUUUUCAAAAUAUGAGCACAGACAUACCAGAUACUGAUUUUAUCUUAGAACCUCACAUGGAGGAGAUAGACAAACUCUUUGAUGGUGACACUGUAGAACAGAUUGUGGAAAACCUGAAGAAGGAGGGGUCAGAAUGGGCCAAGAAACAGCUCCACACACUCAGCAAAAUGUCUCCCACAUCUAUGAAGAUAACACUAAGGCAGAUUCUGGAGGCAGAGACAAUGACCUUACAAGACGUUCUAGUCAUGGAGUAUCGCCUCAGUCAGCGUUGUGUGGAGGAUCAUGAUUUCUAUGAGGGGGUUAGAGCUGUUUUAGUAGAUAAAGACCAGAGUCCAAAAUGGAAUCCCCCAACAUUAGAAAAAGUGACCCCCCAAAAAGUAGACUGGUACUUCUCCCCAUUACCAUCAGAGAGGGAACUAAAGCUAUAAAUAUAAUCCAUUUAGUAUUACCCAUGCUUAACUCAGGUCUUACUGUAUAAAAAUCAAUUUUUACAAAGUGCCACAGAUUUUUACCCCUUGGCAUUAUUUAUAAGAUACUGGUGAGAGUACAUAUGUACUGACUUGAUUUUAUUGAUGAUUUUGCUUUGGUUGUUUUGUCCUAUUAUUGUUACAGUCAUCACAGUGUUAAUAAUCAAAUUGUGAUGAUUUGCUUUUACAAUUAACAUUUGAUUCACAUUUACAUUAUUACAGGCUUCAGUUUGUGAUUAUUUGUGUUACUUGUACAUCUUCAUUGAAAGGCUUCAAUAAGGAAAAAGCAAAGUAUUGAGAUACAAUAAUAAUUGUAAUAACAAUGUUAACUUUGUGUAGAUGAAAAUUAGGUUUGUUUUCUCCAUUACAACUGAAUUUCGGGCAAUUGUGUCUGGACAAUCUUCUGUUUAAAGAUGAACUUUUGUUUUCUUUUCACUUUCUUUCACAAGCUUUUAAUAUACCACCGUUAAUCCAGACUUCUUUCUCAUAUUAUAUAAUUAAAUUAAGAAUAUUUCAUAUUAGGUUUUACAUGAUAUGUGACAUAUUGGGUUGAAUGAAUCUGCUCAAAUCAUCAUUAUUUCAUAUACCAAUAUUUGUCAUGGUGGAAUCUGAUUUGAGCCUGCAUGGUAACAAGUUUUUGUUUAAGGUUUAAAUAUUGAGAAUAUACAAAUAUUGAAUUGAUUGAAUGAUUGAACAUGUAUGUUCCCUUGAAGAUGUCAGAUUGAUUAAAAAAUAAAUCAUGAAUAAAAUGUGA